GCCUGGGUAGCGGCGUAGUUUCCCGGGUGACGGCCGCGCGGAAGAGGCAGAGCUAGGGCCCCGGUCCCCACUGCCCGGCUCCUGGGCGCCGUGACCGGGAACCACGGUCCCCGAGAGUCAGCUAGAAGCGGGGCACAAGGGACAGCGCCAGAGACCGGCGGCUCCGGACCGGGUGCGAGCCUGGGGCCGUUCGACGGGGGGCGGCGGCGCGGGCGGGCCAUGCUCCGGGACUCCCCGUCUCUGUGGGAGCUGGUAGAGGAACAUGUUCCGCUCCCGGAGCGGCCCGAAGUGAAGAGGAUUCUGGGGGAGACGACGGUGGACCUGAGCCUGGAGCUGCGGGCAGAGGUGGGGAGUGGGCAGAUGGGCCACACUCCAGGCCUGUCCCACGACUCGGGUGAUUUCCCCACCUCCUCCGGGUCCCUAGUCCUGCCCGAUAGCUCUCGAGAUCUUGCCGGAUCUCACUGUCCGCCCAGCCCUCUUGACUCCGCUCUGCCCCUCAGUCCCCCAGCCCCCUUCAUUCCCGUCACUUCUCUCCCCAGUCGCAAGGUGUCCCAGCUCUCCUUGCAGGUGGUGAUGCUACAGUCACUGCUCCAAGAGGCUCGAUCCUCCCAAGCCUCUGGCUCCUGCCCCACCUCUGACCCCUCCUCCCUUCUGGCACCACCGCCCCUCCUAAGAGACCUCGUGCGCCAGGAACUGAGGCAGCUGCUCCUGGGGCUCCGCCAGAAGGCCAUCUGCGAGGGCAGGGACCAGACCCAGGCUUGGGUCCAGUAUAGCCCCAGGGUCCUGCGCUUUGCCUUGGAGGAGCCUAGGUGUGAUUUGCCAGAACAGGAGAUAUUGCAGAUGAGAGCUGGUGAACCCAGCAGCAGUCAGAGGGACCUCAGCGUCAUCAAGGACCAACUGAAUGUGUCCAGCAUCGACCAGGUUGCUGGACAUCUGCGGAGCCUCCUGGAGGGGGAGUGUCACACCUUGGAGAGGAUGAUCCCCACCCUGCAGCGCUGCCUGGAAGAGGAGUAUACAGGGGCACCCUGGCCCUCUGAGGCAACCCUAGAGCCCACCCUGGCAGAGCUGAAGGAACAGAAGGCGGCCAUGCGACGGGAGCUGCAGGCCCCUCUGAGGCCAUCCUGUGUCUCCUCCAGCCACAGGCAGCAGCCCGUGGGCUCCUCCAGCCAGGGUCCCGGAAGCUGGCCUUGCCCCCGUGGGGCUACAGGAGGCUGGGCGGGGCCCCGCGGUGGCUGCCUGCCUGCCCCUCCGCUGGAGUGCUGCCCCCGAGACCUGACUGCCACCUGCCGCGGGCGACGGAGGCUUCAGUGCAGCACGGGGAAAAGGCCCGCGUCUACUCCAGUGUCCAGCGCGGCACCCCACGCCCCCACCUGAAGGACUGGUCGGGAAGUAGGCUUCGGCUUCUGCUUCUGUUGGAACUCACCCCGUCUGCCGCUGCCACCUCUCAGCUGCUGUGGCCCAGCCUGCUUCAGAUCUAGUUUUGGUUGGGCCCUCGCCAGGACACAAGGCUGUCCAUCUGUCUGGCCCGUCUUGCCCCACCCCCUUGCCA